AUGAUGCAUCACCACUCCAAACCUCGCCCAACCAGCUUUGGCUUAGCCCUCUAUCCCGGGUUCGAAGUUCUCGAUGUCUUCGGACCACUUGAAGCGUUGAACACCUUCAGUCGCUGUCAGUUCGGCUCCCAGUAUGCCAAUUUCAGCCUUAGUGUUCUCUCAACAUCUCUGGAUCCCGUGUCUGCAAUGCCAGCCAACUGUUUCAACCAAAAGGUCGUCCCCACUCAUACCUUCGCCGAUGCACCACGUCUGGAUGUGCUCCUCGUCCCUGGCGGGUUGGGUUCCGACCACCAGGAAAAGACGCAGCCGGUUGUGGAUUUCAUCAGAGAACAGUAUCCCAACCUGCAAUAUCUAAUCAGCGUCUGCACUGGCGCCGAUCUGCUUGCUAGGGCAGGUAUUUUGGAUGGGAAGCGUGCAACAACAAACAAAGCAGCUUGGAAGCACAUUACCCAGAAGCCGACUAGCAGUAAAACAUACUGGGUUGCUAAUGCCCGAUGGGUAGUUGAUGGGAAUAUCUGGACCACAUCCGGUGUGAGCGCUGGAAUAGAUGGUAUGCUUGCUUGGAUUGAGAGUGUGUGGGGAAAGGAAAUAAGAGACAGGAUUGUGAUUAGUAUGGAGUAUGAGGAUGCUCGUAAUGACCUAUUUGCAGCAAUUAAUUGCGAUCAGGAUGUUCCGCCAAAAGAUAAAAGCAUGACAUCUAAAUAG